UUUAGCGGCCUUGAUUAACUAUUUUCCCAUUAUAUCUGUGAGGUUAUUAAGAUCGACAAGUAGAUUGCUCAUGCCUGCUACUUCCUCUCCCACGAAAUGAACACCCAUCUUGGCGGGAGUCGACUCGCGGCGCUUGCGGAUACUUGUGUUUGCCUCGGAAUUUUGAAUUGAGCGCUGCACGACCACAAUGGGGAUUCAUGGACUCGCCAAACUCAUUGCUGACCACGCUCCUAGUGCCAUAAAAGAGCAAGACAUCAAGAAUUACUUUGGCCGAAAAAUUGCUAUAGAUGCCUCCAUGUGCAUUUACCAGUUCCUGAUUGCUGUGCGACAGGAUGGUAACGUGCUCCAGAAUGAGGAUGGAGAGACAACCAGCCACCUCAUGGGAAUGUUCUACAGGACCAUCCGCAUGCUAGAACAUGGCAUUAAACCUGUUUAUGUGUUUGAUGGCAAGCCCCCACAGCUCAAGUCAGGAGAGCUAGAAAAGCGAGGUGAGAGAAGAGCGGAAGCUGAGAAAAUGCUUGCACAAGCCCAGGAACUUGGAGAGCAAGAAAGCAUUCAUAAACUCACUAAACGUCUUGUCAAAGUCACCAAGCAGCAUAAUGAUGAAUGCAAGAAGCUGCUGAAUCUAAUGGGAGUGCCUUACUUAGAGGCGCCGUGUGAGGCUGAGGCCAGCUGUGCAGCUCUGGUCAAAGCAGGAAAGGUCUUUGCCACAGCAACAGAGGACAUGGACGGACUGACUUUCGGAACAAACAUCCUGCUCAGGCACCUCACAGCCAGUGAAGCAAAGAAGCUUCCAGUCCAAGAGUUCCACUUCAGUCGCAUUCUGCAGGACAUUAACCUGACAAAUGAACAGUUCAUAGACCUAUGUAUUCUGCUGGGAUGCGACUACUGUGGCACCAUCAAGGGGAUUGGCCCCAAGAGAGCCAUCGACUUGAUCAAGCAGCACGGCAGCAUCGAGGAGAUCCUGGAAAACAUUGACCCAAAUAAGCACCCUGCUCCAGACGACUGGCUCUACAAGGAGGCAAGGGAACUAUUUCUGAAGCCUGAAGUGGUGGAUUGUUCCACAGUAGAGCUGAAGUGGAUUGAGCCAGAUGAGGACGGGCUGCUCCACUUCAUGUGCGAAGAAAAACAGUUCAGUGAAGACAGGAUCCGCAAUGGGUGUAAGAAGAUUUUAAAGAGUCGGCAAGGGAGCACACAAGGACGACUGGAUUCCUUCUUCUCAGUCACCGGGUCGCUGUCAUCCAAACGGAAGGAGCCUGAAGUAAAAGGAUCUACUCAAAAGAAGCUGAAAACUGGAGCCACGCCGAGAAAUUUCAGAAAAGGCAAAUGAAAGAAACUAAACAUUUAACUUUUUUUUUUCUUUUUUCAAGCAUGUUUAAAUAUUUUCCCAUUUAUGGAAUAAAUGUUUCUUGGAAGCAGUGUUCUAUUUUUCUUCCAUUUGAGCUUUGAGAAAGGGUCAGAGCCAGAGGUCAGCAUACUUUUGUACUCCAAGAAUGUUUUCUGCAGUGUUCAAAUAAUUUAUGUACACUAGAUCUAUUGUGAUUGAAAAGUUUCGCAAAAUCUUGACUUUAUUGUGCUAAUGAUAAAAAAAGUAAAGUGGACAAUGUGCCAAGUAUUUACAGUGUGGGUACUAAAUAUGUGCAGUGUGUGUCUGCGGGUGUGCAUGCGAGUAUUGUGAGAGAGAAAGAGAAGUAAGAGGCUAGACUCCUGCUGAUCUGAUCCGACCGGCUGGCACCCAGAGAGAAAAAGGUGGCACCCCUCCCAACCCUGCAGCU